CUUGAACAAGAAACAGCUGUAAUGUGUGAACAGUGGGAGGAUGCAACUCUUUAGGGCAUUUUGGUGAUCGAAUCCAAGAGUUACUACAAAUAUCUAAAUUCCUCUAUAAAAAAAGGGAGAAACCAAGCCUCAACACUGCAUAUCAGAAGCCCUUAGACAGAUCAAAGCUGCAGCUUAUACUACUCAGCUCACUCAUGGCCUUGCGUCUCACCAUCUUCCUACCUCUCAUCUUCUUCCUUCUCUGUCUGGUUGCUUAUGAGGUUUCAUCUGAUCCCAAAAUUGAAGGAACAGAGCAUACAAGCCUCAGCCAGGCAUUUCACGCUUUCACCAGAGAUAAUAGAAGACUCAUGGAAGAUAUAGUGCUAAGGCUGUCAAGCUAUCUGAAUGAAGGGCAGUACCUGGAGGCAAAUAUAAUGGCCCCAGCAGCAGCCCCAGCUCCAGUACACCCAGUUCCCUUGGACUGUGGAGGGUUAUGUAGCCAUAGAUGCAGCCUUCACUCCAGGAAAAAUGUGUGCUUGAGGGCUUGUGGGACUUGUUGUGCCAGGUGCAAGUGUGUUCCCCCUGGCACUUCUGGCAACAGGGAGAUGUGUGGCAAGUGCUACACUGAGAUGACCACCCAUGGCAACAGGCCCAAGUGUCCUUAAACUAUAUUAUACUUGUUGUCUCAGAUCAAUAGGAACACUAGCCCAAUCAUGGUGUGAUUGAAUUUGAGAAAGUUGUGUGUGUUGCUGUCUGUGUUAGAAUGUUGCAGUGUUUGUACUUGAGAUGUUCUGGUUUUAGAGGUGAUGUAUGUGUGGAUUAUGAGGUUGUGCUUUAAAUUAACUACUAUGCACUUAUUCUAAGGUUUUUUUUA